AUGGCUACAUCAACCAUCAAGAUGGUUGAGUCUACCACUCAGACCCCUCCUCAAGAAAUUGUCAUGAGCGACACAAGUCCUCAACAUCCUUCUGAUGACGUACCGGAUCUUAUCAGCAAACUUCACAACACCUCGUGGGUGCUUUUCGCAUCUUCGCCAAAUUUCGGCUACAACGAUGGUGCAGGCGGCCACAUCAGCCUACGCGACCCCGUCGACCCAAAGUGCUUUUGGAUCAACCCCUACGCCGUCCACUUCAAACUUCUGAAAGUCAGCGACCUCAUCCUCGUCAGCGAAGAGGGAAAACCUCUCACCAAGACAACCCACAAAGUCAACAGAGCAGGCUUCAUGAUCCAUGCGGCUCUUUACAAAGCCCGGUCGGACGUUAACGCGGCUGCACACUGUCAUUCACCCAAUGGAAGAGCCUGGUCUGCAUUCGGAAAACCCAUCGAGAUGUUGAACCAGGACUGUUGCAUGUUCUACGACGACCUCUCCGUUUACGACGGCUUCAGCGGCGUUGUUCUUGCUCAAGACGAGGGGGAGAGAAUCGCGAAGGCGCUGGGGCCAAACCACAAGAACGUCAUUCUUCAGAAUCAUGGAAUCCUUACCUGCGGCGGAACUGUGGACGAGGCAGCCGCUUUCUUCAUCGCCCUUGAGCAGGCAUGCCAGGCACAACUACUGGCCGAAGCUGCCGCCGCGAACGGUGUGCAGAAGCCAUAUGUCACGGAGGAGGCGGCCAGGUUCACAAAAGCGGGAUCGGGAACACCAGAAGUCGUCUUCAUGCAGUUCAAGCCUGAGUAUGACUUGGUUCUGGAGGAGACAAACGGAAGCUUUCUUUCAUAG